AUGAGGAUCCAAGAAGUUGUGGCUACUUUGCCUUUGCUAGGCGUCGCGAUGGGGGUACAGAUGACACGCUACGACCCUGCCUCCAACGUCGAGCCUGCUUUCGGGAAUUAUUUGAGAGAGCUUUACGCCACCGCCGAAGACCCUAAAGCUACCGACAGCUUCACAAACUUCUUCACUCCCCAGGGCAAGCUUACGGUGCUAGGCCACGUUGCAACGGGUCCCGCGGCUAUCGUCCGGCUCAAAGAGCAGCUCCUCCCGCCUGCGGGUUACAAACAAUGGAAUCACUUGCCCAAUGUCACCACUGUUUACUCGCAGACACCAAACUAUAAGGUCUACGACGUUUUGGGAGUUAUCGAGACCCGUUUCAACGGCGGCAGGUGCACCAAGGCUUACUAUUCUACGCGUUUUACCGUUACCAAGGACGCCUCGGGUGCGCCGCAGUUGAGGCCCCAUGCUCGCAACCUGGUCCACUAUGAUGAUUACAUCGUCGACCCCCCUGAGAGCCCUACCCACAUCCCCUGCUGA